GUGCCACCCGCUGCCACACGCGGUGACUCUCUGGUGUCUCCAGGCAGCGUGUGGCGGGCUCUGGCCAGGAGACUCCAGGACCCCGGCAGCCGCCUCCGUCCUCUGUGCUGGACCCCAGCGCCCCCCAGCGCCGCUCCCGAGCCCUGGCGCGUCUGUGAGAGCAGCGACCAUGGACGAAUCUCUGCCCUGCAGUGCUCCCCUGCGUGUGCUCCACCCUUCCUGCCCCGCCUCUGCCGAAGGGAUAAACCUCCGCACCCUCAUCCACAGGGUCUGUUCCGACUGUCAUGGCCACCAGCCGCAGGCUGCCGGCCCUGAGAUGAGAAAUAUUCCCUCAGAGGGGACGGUGUCAUUUGACGACGUGGCUGUGAACUUCACCUGGGAGGAGUGGCAGUGCCUGAGUGAAGCUCAGAGGACCCUGUACUGCAAUGUGAUGCUGGAGACCUGCAGUCACCUGCUGUCCCUAGGGCGUUGUGUUCCCGAUCCUGAGGAGAGCAUCAGGUCGGAGCAGGGAGUACAGCCGUGGUCUGUGGAUGAUCCCGCAAACCAGGACCUCUCAGAUGUCCAUACUGUGGAUCACCUGACUCAUGACAGCCCUGCAAAUCAGGGCAGACAUGUGUGGCAAGUUCUUACCACCAGCAGCAAAAUACCAUCCAAGGAGAGAACUGACUUAAUGGAAAAAAGCAACUUGGACUCAAUUCAUUGUGUGAACCAUAGUAUCAAAAAUGGAAACAAUUCAGCGAUGAUGCCUGAGAACUUUACUAUACAUAGGACCAUGAUGAUCCCUGGUGAGCCUCAUGAAGAGCAUGCUGGAGAGAACGAGGAGGUCUUUAGUAGAAUGAGGGAACCCAUCAAGUAUCCUGAGCACCUUAGUCACCAGGUGAUUCAGAACUUUCAACAGCCUUUUGAAUUUCGUGAACAAGGAAAAGUCUUGAGUGAAGAAACAGUAUUUUCACCUAGAGGAGCCCUUCCGAAAGAGGCUGCCCGUAAAUGCAAUGAAUGCAGGGACACCCGUGAUGAGGCACCUUUCGAUGUCCGAGGCAGAACCCAAGGAGGACAGACUCCCUGCAGUUGUAAUGAGAAGGGGAGAGCUGCGGAGAUGACUCCAGUGCAUUUGCAUCCUCCUAGGAAUGUUGAACAUGAGCAACAGGAAUGUUAUGAAAGUGGGGCCAGUCUCAGGAACACGUUUCACACCUAUCCACAUGAGAGUACCCAGUUAGGACAGAAUAAUUUUGGAUAUAAGAGAUAUGGUGAAGCAGCCUGUAAAACCUCUGUUCUGACUGAACAUCAGAAAUCACAAGCAGACGAUCAACCUGAUGAGUGUGGGGGCACCUCUGAGAUUUCCUUACAGAGGGGAUACCAGAGAAAUCUCACUGCAGUGAAGUUGUUUGGCUCUAACGAUUAUGUGAAAACUUUCUCAUGGAAGACUGCCCGCACUGUACAUCCACAAUCUCAAACGGGAGUGAAGCACUACCCGUGUCAGGUGUGUAAGAAAACUUUCAGGCACAAAUCUGCUUUUAGUGUCCAUCAGAGAACUCAUACAAGGGAGAAACCCUAUGAAUGUCAGGCGUGCAGGAAAGUGUUCUCCUGUAAAUCAGUUCUUGUUCUACAUGAGAGGACUCACACUGGAGAGAAAUGCUAUGAAUGUGAAGGGUGUGGGAAAGCUUUUUCCAGUAAGUCUUAUCUCAGAAAGCAUCAGAGAAUUCACACUGGAGAGAAAUGCUAUGAAUGUGGAGGGUGUGGGAAAGCUUUUAUCAGUCAGUCUUAUCUCAGAAAGCAUCAGAGAAUUCACACUGGAGAGAAGCCUUAUGAAUGUCAAGAGUGUGGGAAGACUUUCCACUGGAGAUCAUCCCUCAGUUACCACCAGAAAAGUCACACUGGAGAGAAACCCUAUGAAUGUGAAGGGUGUGGGAAAGCUUUUAUCAGUCAGUCUUAUCUCAGUAAGCAUCAGAGAAUUCACACUGAUGAGAAGCCUUAUGAAUGUCAAGAGUGUAGGAAGACUUUCCACUGGAAAACAUCCCUCAGUCACCAUCAGAGAAGUCACACUGGAGAGAAGCCUUAUGAAUGUCAAGGGUGCAGGAAGACUUUCCACCGGAAAUCAUCCCUCAUUGAACAUCAGAGCGGUCACACCAGUUUGAAACGCUAUGGUUGUGAAGGGUGUGGGAAAGCUUUUUCUAUUAAGGCACAUCUUAUUAGACAUCAGAGAAUUCACACUGGAGAGAAACCCUAUGAAUGUGAAGGGUGUGGGAAAGCUUUUUCCAGUAAGUCUUACCUCAGUGAGCAUCAGAGAAUUCACACUGGAGAGAAGCCUUAUGAAUGUCAAGAGUGUAGGAAGACUUUCUCCUGGAAAUCAUCCCUCAGUGACCAUCAGAGAAUUCACACUGGAGAGAAGCCUUAUGAGUGUCAAGAGUGUAGGAAGACUUUCCAUUGGAAAUCAUCCCUCCGUCUCCAUCAGAGAAGUCACACUGGAGAGAAGCCUUAGGAGUGUCAAGAGUGUGGGAAAACUUUUUCCAGUAAGCACACUCUCACUAGACAUCAGAGAUGUCACUGGCCAAAAUCCCUAUGAUUGUGAAGAGUGGGAAAACUUUUCAGGAAGUCAGCCCUCACUAGGCAUGACAGAUUCCACACAGGAUGGAAAUGCUAUGAAUGUCAAGAGUGGACAGGCAGGCCUCCCCUGGUGGCGCAGGUGGUUGAGCGCAGUUCUGUGAAGCUGUCCGUGGCCUUUGUGGUGCGAGUUUGAUUCCCUGGCCGGCCAGGAGCAGCCCCAUGGUGCGGCAGACCUCUCCUGUCUCGCCCGCUGAGUGUAUUUCAGCAGAGUAUUUUGUCAGUCUGCCUGUUCUGUUCCCCGCUCUGUCUCUGGUGCAUCCUCUCACCCUCCCACACAUCUGGCCUGUACCCUGGUUCUGGUAUGCUUGAAUAAAUAAAAAUCUUUUAAAAAAUAUUCAAACUUGGGAGCACAAACCACAUCAUUCAGCUGAGAGCAAUGGGAACUGAUGUACAGUUUCACUCCUAAUUGCGUGGAGUUACCUGGUUCACUCUUCUCCCAAGUUCGUGCAGUGAUGAUGUCGCUGUUCCUGUUGCUGUUGCUUCUAGUAUCCUCUUUAGUUCCUGGGCGAUGCCAUUCAUGUCCAUGGUAGCUGUCUCUCUACAGGGCACCCUGCAUGUUGCGUGGGUAAGUGAUCUCCCUGGGUUUUCUAACUUAGCCGUCACGUUCUGUCCAGUACUCUAAGCCUCUGUGGUGCCCCCCGAUGCUGGAAUUGCUCACCUCCAAAAUGUCCUCCUCUAGAAGGAAAAGUUGAACUGUGUGCUGUUGGCUGUAGGUUGAGGUCUGCAGUUUUCUUUACCUACCUUUCAUGAUGAAGCUUUUUGGGGGCCUCCCUGGUAGCCUCAGGGUUAAGUCUCAGAGCUAUUGCCUGCUCUGGCCGUGGUUAACCCCGGCUACGGAGCCGCCCCACAUAUGGCCGCAGCAGGCCUCUCCUGUGUCACCCGCUGCUCCCGUUAGCCAGGUAUUUCAGUGGUUCUGCCUGUUUGUCUCCACACUCAGUAUCUGGUGAAUCAUCUCACCCCCGAACCUCUGGCCUACACCCCAGUUCUACAAAAUAAGGGAAUUUUUUGGAAGAUUAAUUCUGCAUACAAGAGCUGGGGUGCAACCCAGAGGUAUGAGGGGGUGAGAGGAUUCUCCGCAGAGAGAGUGGGGAGCACAACUGGCGGAUCUACUGAAAUCCACUGCUGAGGGGGCCAGUGGGGAGAGAGGAGAGGUCUACUGUGCCAUGUGGGUCACCUCCCUGUCCAGGGAUCGAACUCAUGUCUGCAGUACUAAGAACAGCUUCAUAGUGCUGAGACUUCACCCCUGCGCCACCAGAGGCCCCUGAAUUUUUUUUAAAGGAAAGGAUUCUUGCUUUUUAAAAAAAUUUUUAUUAAAUUGUUGUUCAUCUUUGUGCAAUAUUGGAUUGCUCCCCUUCUGUAUAAUUCUUGCAAAUCUCCUGUCCCCACCACCCCUGUGACCCGUCACCCCAGGCCCUGGUGCUCCUCCUCCCAUCUUGGCACCUCUUUUGCCCCGUCCCCUGCUGGUGUCUCGGCUCUGUCAUCUGCCUGUUAGGUGGGAACCUGGGGGCUUGGCUGGCAUCUUCCCGGGCCAGGAGGACCCUGGGGGUCGGGGCUCAUUCCUGAGCGUGACCCUCCGUGACCCGCCUCCUUGGACGGGUCUCCUAGCGCGUCGUGCUGAGUGGGUGCACCUGGGGUGGGUGCACCGGGCCUGUCCUGCUCCCCACCCGCGUGUUCAUCUCAGGGACGCUCCUCAGGGUUUGGGGACCGCGGGGUGACAUAGUCCAGGGCCAUCGCCCCUUCCCUGCUCCGGCCUGGCUGGUAGGAGAUCACCCCGCCCCCAACCGGGUCUGAAUGGCGGCCCUGAAGGAAGGAGAGCCGGUCACUCCACCCCACUGUGUGCCCUGGGGGCAGGUGAUGAGGAUCUAACCCGGGGCACCCAGCCGCUACCCUCCAGAGAGGAUGUUCAGGAAGGAGGCCACAGGGCCUCCCUGGGGAGCAAGGGUCAGACGCAGCCCUGUGAGGCUGUCUGCGGCCUCUGCUGCGUGAGUUCGGCCUCUGCUGCGUGAGUUCGGUCCUGGCCAGGGAGCUGCCCACAGGGCACGGCAGACCCCUCCUGUCUCCCCGCUGCUCCCCUCAGAGUUUAUUUCAGUCAAUCUGCCUGUUCUGUUCCCCACUCUGUCUCUGGUGAAUCCUCUCAUCCCCCACACCUCUGGCCUGUAUCUCAGUUCUUGUAUGUAUAAAUUAAAAAUGAGGAGAUAAACCCUCCACAUGAUUAGGUCACCAUGGGCAGGAGGAAGUCCUUCCCUGCGCAAGCUUCUUCUCUAGUAAAUUCAAACUUUUUUUGGAAGAAAGUGGAUCAGGCGGCUUCAUGGGUGCAAAUCGUCACUUUAUAUUUUUUUUUUCAAAGAUUAUUGUUUAUACAAGCACUGGGGACAGUCAGAAGCGCGGGAGGGUGAGAGAAUUCACCAGAGCCAGAGCAGGGAGCAGAGC